CACACACACACACAUCAUCAUCCACCCUAUAUGACAUUAGUCUUCCACCUUACUCUGCGCUCACUCGCUCUCCCCAUCACUUGACCAGAGCGCAUCAGUGCGCCGCGCUCCUCUUCCUCUCCUGGUGAUGCCAUGUGAGCAACAUCUACAGUAAAAGCGGAAAAAGAAGGGGAAAAGAAGCAAACUCAAGUUUUUGUCGUUGGUUUUAGAAGACCGAGGCAAGUCUCAGGUGUGAAGGAUUAUGGAUACAGAGUCCAGUUAUUUUACUACAUUAGAGGCUCAGGCGAAUAUUGACAGGCGAUCUGAAUCGAACUUCCUGUAACAGCAGACAACAUCAGAUUCAAAACCAUGGACCUUUGUGCGCCAAAUGAGACAUUCAUAACCCCGGAGUGUGUCGGAGCGCAGACUGAUGCUCUACAGAGCGGAGCCGGUAACGGGAGCUUGGAGACAACAGACAUCACCUACGGCAACGUCUCCACACUCCUCACACCUCAGCGCGUGAGGCAGAAAGAUGGGGACCACACACUGCGGAUCCUGCUCUACUCAGUCAUCUUCUUCCUGAGUGUAGUUGGCAACUUGCUCAUCAUUGUGGUGCUGACCGUCAAUAAGCGGAUGCGCACUGUGACCAACACCUUCCUGCUGUCGCUCGCCGUCAGUGACCUGAUGAUGGCCGUCUUUUGCAUGCCCUUCACCCUCAUCCCCAGCAUCCUCAAGGACUUCAUCUUUGGAGCUGCCAUGUGCAAGAUUGUGUCCUACCUCAUGGGCAUAUCAGUAAGCAUCUCCACAUUUAGCCUGGUUGCCAUAGCGAUUGAGCGCUACAGCGCCAUCUGUAACCCCCUGAAGUCACGAGUGUGGCAGACCCGGUCCCAUGCCUAUCGGGUGAUUGCUGCUACAUGGGUGCUGGCCUUCCUCAUUAUGAUCCCAUAUCCAAUCAUCAGUCACUUGGAGUCUUUUCAGCGUCCGGACAACACCACAGCUCACCAGUGUCGCCACAAGUGGCCCCUCGCAACCGCAGAGCAGACCUGGUAUAUUCUGCUGCUGCUUGUGCUGUUUGCUGUCCCGGGGUUGGUGAUGAUUGUGGCCUACGGACUGAUCUCCAGGGAACUUUAUAGAGGCAUCCACUUUGAGAUGGGCCACAAAAAAGACUCUGCUGAUGUAAAGAAUGGACUGACAUCUACUGUGUCUGCUGGCAGUGAUGAUGGAGAUGGUUGCUAUGUUAAUGUCGUCCAGCGGCCACACUCGAUGGAAAUGUCCACCAUGGCUGCAUCCAGCAGGGCAGUCAAGGCAGAAAGACCACGCAGCAACACAUCUGAGGCCAAGCUGGAGGCCAAGAAGCGAGUGAUCCGCAUGCUUGUGGUCAUUGUUGUCCUGUUCUUUCUCUGCUGGAUGCCACUGUACUGUGCCAACACCUGGCGGGCUUUUGAUGACAUCUCUGCCAAACAUGCCCUCUCAGGGUCACCCAUCGCUUUUAUCCACUUGUUGUGCUACACGUCUGCCUGCGUCAACCCAAUUAUUUAUUGCUUCAUGAACACGCGUUUCCGCAAAGCUCUGCUAGCCACGUUCUCAUGCUGCACCGCACCUUGCCAUCGCCGUCGUCCUCGUGGGCUACGGGACAACGAUGAGGACGUUAUGGCAACCGGAGCUUCCAUGUCCAAGUUCAGCUACACUACGGUCAGCACCAUGGGAACCUGCUGAGGCAAAAGAUACGGGCCAGAUCCAGAAAAAAUAGCUUCUGUGGCAACACAGCAUGCUACAUGUUUUAUCUUAAGUCCAAAUCUGUACUGCAAUGUGGAGUGGAAAUCAGGUCAUAUUGUGUAGCAGUAUAGAAUCUUCACCCCUGACUUUGAGUAUUUAUUUAGGGAUUAUUGAAUGAUGCUAUAUGUAAGAAUUGUCCUUCUGUCAAAUUCAUGGUUUAAGCAGUAUAUUACCAGAUGCAGGUAUUCACCCUGAUUGUAAGAAUCAAGGUAAUGUACAGUCCCCUGCAUAGGUCUUUCUUUAUUUCAACAGUGAACUUAAACAAAUUAACACUGUCGGUAAUUUCAUACAACUAGCUGCUUUUGAAAGCUAUCGCUCAUAAUAGCCAAUGUUAGCAGCUGUCCAAUACCAGUUUAGAAGACAUGUUGUGAUUUCAGCAUCAUCCCUUUCAUUGCCAAGAGCUGUCUCCGGUGGUGGAAAGCAAAGCCCAUGUGAACUCUUGUUUUGCUUCUGUUUCUAUCAGUUCUUAUUUUUGCUGUAUUUCUUUUUUCUUCUGCAGCAC